UCUUUAUCUUAUCAUGGAAAACAAGACAGACGUACCAAAACCAUCAUCUUUCCCAUGACUUAAGCAAAACAUCGUCUUUGACGCGUGUGCGUGCAACCUUCUUCCCCGCUUUCCGCCUCUCUCUACACCCCAGUCCUUGCGAUCGCUAAGAAUCGGCGGCGUUGACUCUAUCAAUCAGUUCCCGUUUCAAGAUCUAACUAUCCGUUUCGUUAUAUUAUAAAAUGAGUCGUCCACAAGAUCCUCAACGUCCCUAUUUACCAUUUAAGAAUCCCUUUUCGAUGAUAUUACCUAAGGGCUCACACCUGUCUCCGAGGCUUCUUGCUCUGUUGAAUGCUUUCGAGGAAUCAUUGGCAGAGAAACUCAGAAGUCUGAUGCACAGAGGCAGGGGAAAUGCCCUAAGUGUAUCGUGGAUGAAAGAAGCAAUGGCUUCACUCUCUACAAUCCAUACAGAUAUUAAAAUACUUGUAACUGAACUUGAACUUCCUGUAUGUGACUGGGACGAUAAGUGGAUAGAUGUUUACAUGGACAAUAGUGUGAGCUUGCUGGAUAUUUGCACUGCUUUCAGCUCUGAGAUCUUGAGGCUUAACCAAGCCAACCUUUACCUUCGGUGCACUGUGCGUAACCUAGAUGGUGAACCAAAGCAGUUUGUACGAGCCCGUUCAUCAUUGGAUGGAUGGAGGCAGCGUGUGAAUUCCAAAAACCCACGACUCGAGAAUAGCUUUGCGAUCUUGGACCGCCUCACUGAAAGCCUGAAAUUCCCCAAGAAAAAAGAUUCUGCAAAAGGGAAAGUUUUGAUGCAAGCUUUGUAUGGAGUGCAGGUGAUAACCAUUUUCUUGUGCAGUUUAGUUGCCAGUGGCUUCUCGGGUUCCAUAAAGAAACUGAAGCAGUUUGAGGUUCUCGAGGGUUGCUCGUGGGCAGAAGCUUUUGCUAAUCUGCAGAGUUUGAUUAACAACGAAAUCAGUGGAGGGGUAACAGCACCGAAGGAGCUUGAAGCAGUUGACGCAAUUGUCAAGACGCUAUACCCCAUGAUUGAGUCGGGGGGAUCAAACCCAGCGGAAGCUGGAGGAUUGCAAAACGCGACUUCAGAGUUGGCAAAGAACACAGACAAAUUGGCGGAGGGGCUGGAUGUAUUGGCAAAGGAAGUAGAUGGAUUCUUCCAAAUUGUGCUGACAGGGCGCGACGCGAUGCUUUCUAACAUUAGAGUUGGCAGUAAGAUCUCCCAACAAGAUAAGAAAAAAUGUAGAGGUGCAAAUAGUGAGACAAACAACAGGGGACAUGUAUCUUCUUUUGUACACAAAGGGGCUGCUUAGAUGUGAGAUUUUAUGUUAUCUGCUUCAUUAUGUAGUAUUCAACACAUACUAUCAAAAUAUAAUAUAUCAAAGUUUGUAUUAAAGUUGCCA